UGCCCGCCGCUGCCCGGCGGCGCGCUGGAGCGGUUCGCUCUGCCGCCCUUUGAGGGGCUGAAGGCGUACGCGGGGGAGUGCGGACUGCCCGUGAUGCCGCUCACCGUGUACGGCGGGGAGCUGCUGUACGGCGCUGCGCCCUACUACCCGCUGAAGCUGCACCUGGGCGGGCUGCUCAAGUACCCCGAGGCCGUGCCGUACUUCGGCGGGCCGGCCGCCGGGCUGCACGCCGCAGAGCUGGGCUCGCUGGCCGGCAUCGACCGCGAGAUCGCCAUGCACACGCAGCAGCUCUCCGAGCUGGCGGCCGAGAAGGGGCGCGGACGGCUGGAGGCGCUGCCCGCGGGAGCGGCGGGGGCGGCGGGCGGCAAGGCCAAGGCCGGGCACCUGUGCCUGUACUGCGGCAAGCUGUACUCCCGCAAGUACGGGCUGAAGAUCCACAUGCGGACUCACACCGGCUACAAGCCGCUCAAGUGCAAGGUGUGCCUGCGGCCCUUCGGGGACCCCAGCAACCUCAACAAGCACAUCCGUCUGCACGCCGAGGGCAACACGCCCUACCGCUGCGAGUACUGCGGCAAGGUGCUGGUGCGGCGCCGCGACCUGGAGCGGCACGUCAAAUCCCGGCACCCGGGGCAGGGCCUCGGCAAGGCGGCCGAGGAGCGCAGUGACUCUGGCUACGCGCCCGCCGAGCGCGACCAAAAGACUGACAACGAGAGCGACGUGGACGUCUGCUUCACCGACGACCAGAGCGAGCCCGAGAGCGGCGGCAGGACCCGGCAGCAGUAG